GUCGUUUUGCAGCCAUUAUAGGAAAAGCUUAGCACAUUUCAAGAAGAUAACUAAAAAUCAAGCUUUUUUUUUAUUCUAUUGAUGGUGGAAUUAAACAUAUUUCUAGUAUUUCUGAGUAGAUGAAUCAUAUGGAAAUACAUAUGUGGAAAUAAUAAAAAGGGCACCCUAGUUGGAGAAGACAAUCCUUUUACCAUUAAGCAGCUAGCCAUACUAAUAUGUUUGACCGAACUAAGGGAAUUAAAUCAAGACGCCACUUUAUUUUUCAAAUAUCUAAUUCAGCUGUAUGAGUCUUGCUUAUUAGAAAUAAGACAUGGACAUUGGUCCUCUGCUUUCUCGAGUAGAUCACAUCAACGAAAUCUGUUAUGUCAGUCAAUUUGUUGACCCCUUCACCCGUAAGGACUGGUAUGAUAUCAAGGCUCCUUCCAUGUUCGAAGUUCGUCAAGUCGGUAAGACCUUGGUCAACCGUACUCAAGGUCUCCGUAACGCCAACGACUCCUUGAACGGUCGUGUCGUCGAAGUCUCUCUCGGUGACUUGUCCAAGGAUGAAGGCCGUGCCUUCCGUAAGAUCAAGCUCAAGGUUGAUGAAAUCCAAGGCAAGAACUGUCUUACCAACUUUUACGGUAUGGACAUGACCACCGACAAGCUUCGUUCUAUGGUCAAGAAGUGGCAAUCUCUUAUUGAAGCCUUUGUUGACAUCAAGACCACUGAUGGUUACUUGGUUCGUCUCUUUGCCAUCUCCUUCACUGCUCGUCGCCGCAACCAAAUCAAGAAGACCACUUAUGCCCAAUCUUCUCAAAUCCGUCAAAUCCGCAAGAAGAUGUUUGAAAUCAUGACUGAGGAAGCCACUGCUUGUGACCUCAAGGAAUUGGUCGCCAAGGUCACUAGCUCUGCCUCCAACUUUUCUCAAGAUGCUAUUGCCGUCCGCAUUGAAAAGGCUUGUCAAGGUAUCUACCCUCUCCAAAACACCUACAUCCGCAAGGUCAAGAUCCUCAAGGCUCCCAAGUUCGAUGUCUCUGCUCUCUUGGCUCUUCACGGUGGUGCUGCUGCUGCCGCUGAUGAUACUGGUGCUAAGGCUGCCAAGGAAUUUGUCGAACCCCCUAUCCUUGCCUCUGUCUAA